AUGACCGAACCCCCAGCAAAGUUUGCUCAUGGUGAUUAUACCGUGGGUUGGAUAUGUGCUCUACCAGAGACCGAGUUGGUGGCUGCCAUGACCAUGUUGGAUGAAAGGCAUCCAGGUCUUCCCGCAACCGAUCCACACGACGCGAAUUCGUACGUCCUUGGCCGGAUCGGUGAUCAUAAUGUGGUGAUUGCUUGCUUGCCAGCAGCAAUAACAGGCAAGGCAUCUGCUGCUACUGUUGCCAAGGAUAUGAUCCGCAGCUUUCCAGCUGUUAGGUUUGGCUUGAUGGUUGGGAUUGGCGGCGGGGCGCCUUAUUAUGGUGCAAAGGGAAAUGAUGAUUAUGCAGGUGGUGAAGAUGAAGGGGAGGAUUCUGAAGACUCCGAAAAUGAUCCAGAAGAUAUACGUGACAUACGACUCGGCGAUGUGGUUAUUAGCCUACCCUCAAAAUCAUCGGAUGCGGUUGUGCAGUAUGAUUUCGGGAAGUCAUUGCAGGAAAAGGAAUUCAUACGCAGUGGCGGCAAGUUGAACAAACCCCCAAACAUCGUUCUAAGCGCUGUCUCUCAACUUCAAGCACAGCACAAAUUAGAUGGACACAACAAUAUCCGCGAGACACUAUCAGAAUCAGUAUCAAAGUAUCCAGUCCACGCCAUAAACUUCCAAUAUCCAGUGUCCAAGAAAGACCGUCUCUUUAAGUCGACCAUUGUUCAUGACGAGGGGAAGAAGUCGUGCAAGAGUUGUUGCGGACCCCAGAACUGUAACCUUGUACAAAGGAAAGAUCGACCUAACAACUCUCCUCAAUUACAUUAUGGGACUAUUGGAUCCGCGGAUCAAGUGAUGAAGGACGCCAUUUUAAGAGAUAAAUGGGCAUGGGAAGAGAGCAUUAUAUGUUUUGAAAUGGAGGCCGCUGGACUCAUGGACUCAUUUCCCUGUCUUGUCAUCCGAGGGAUCAGCGAUUAUGCUGAUUCCCAUAAGAAUAAGGUCUGGCAGCCGUACGCCGCGGCAACAGCAGCAUCAUAUGCAAAAGAACUUCUUCUGGUUAUUUCCGGGCUCGGAGUGGAGAGAAUGGAUCCAAUUAAGCAAAUUGAGAAGUCUAUAAGAGAAAUACAUGAUGUUGUCCAGGAGACAGGCGUUGUGGUCCAGAACCUCAGUAAUGACAGCAGACAUGAAAAGGUCUUUAGAAAAUUACCAUAUGCAAAAGGUUCUAGUUUUGAUGCAUCCGAUGCAGAACAUGAGGCGAGAUGCCAUCCAAAAACCAGGAUUGGCCUACUUCACCAGAUCCAAGAGUGGGCAGAGGAUCCGAGACAGAAAUGUAUAUUCUGGCUGAACGGGAUGGCUGGUACUGGGAAAUCAACCAUUUCUCGAACAGUAGCCCAGUACUUCAAGGAAAAAGGCCAACUCGGGGCCAGCUUCUUCUUCAAACGCGGAGAGCGUGACCGUGGUACUGCCAAGAUGUUCUUCACCACGAUUUGCGCACAGCUUCUGCUCCGAGUUCCUGCUUUAAUUCAUCAUGUUGAAAUGGCGAUUGAUACCGACCCGUACAUUUCAGGAAAAUUGAUGAAAGAACAAUUUGAUAAACUGCUUCUCCAACCAUUACUUAGCCUGAAUCAAAGUGAGCCUAUAACCAUCAUGAUUGUGAUUGAUGCAUUGGAUGAAUGUGAAUAUGCGGGCGACAUACGGGCCAUACUUCAACUUUUGCCCCAGGUGCAGAAAUCAAAAUCUAUACGUCUCCGAAUAUUCUUGACGAGCAGACCUGAAUUGGCAAUCCGCCUUGGCUUUAAUCAAGACAAUUCUUAUCAAGAUCUUGUUCUCCAUGAACUUCCCAAGCCCGAAAUUGAACACGACAUUCGCGUAUACCUGGAAGACGAGCUUUCUAAAAUACGGGAGGAACGCUCAUUCUCUAACGACUGGCCUGGGAAUGAAGCUAUCAAGGAAUUAGCGCAGAUGGCUGUUCCAUUAUUUAUUUUCGCAGCCACGGCAUGCCGCUUUAUUAAGAAAGGGACACACCCAAACAAUCGUCUUCAGGACUUUCUUAAAUUCCAAGUAACCACAUCUGCAUCUCAGAUGGGCAAAGUAUACCUCCCCGUCUUAAAUCAACUCAUGGGAGAUAAAGAGGACGACCCAAAAGAGCUUCUGAAAGAAUUCCAGGAUAUUGUUGGGGUUAUUAUUCUUCUUGCUACACCACUGUCUGUCAAGUCGCUUGCACGACUUCUUGAUCUGCCUGAACAAACUAUCAACGAACUAUUGGAUCCAUUACACUCAGUGCUGAAUAUACCAAGCGACAAAGAUGUUCCAACCCGAAUCCUGCACUUAUCUUUUCGAGACUACCUCUUGACCACGGAAAGCCUUUUCCAUAUAGAUGAGAAAGAGACACACCAGAAGAUAGCACUGCAUUGUCUUGAUGUCAUGAACACUAGUCUCAAGCACAAUAUUUGUGGCCUACCAAGUUAUGGGACGCAACGAGAUGAUAUUGAUAGCCAGGCUGUUCAUCGGAAUCUCUCAGCGGAUCUGCAAUACGCCUGCCAGUACUGGGUAUACCAUCUUGAUCAUAGUGAAGCUCAUAUCGUUGAGUUCCCAGCUUUCGAUUUUUUGAAAAAGCAUUUCCUUCACUGGUUGGAGGCGCUGAGCCUAAUGGGUGUUAUAUCAGAAGCGGUGGCAAUGAUAGAUGCGGUACAGUCUAGUGAUGGGGUAAGCACAGAUGUUGAAAUUUCAGGCUUUCUCUAUGAUGCUAAACGAUUCAUUCUUAAAAACGCUUACAUUGCGGGUAUUGCUCCACUCCAACUCUACAGUUCCGGGCUAGUAUUUUCACCGAUGCAAAGUAUUGUUAGAAGGAUAUUUCCUGGUAGUAUACUCAAACACUUGCACAUACAACCACAGGUGGAGGAUUUAUGGAGCCCAGGACUACAAACACUCGAGGGCCAUUCAGGUUGGGUUGAUUCAGUGGCCUUCUCUCCCGACGGGCAAACCCUAGCCUCAGGCUCUGACGAUAUGACUGUCAAGCUCUGUGACGUCAAGACUGGAUCUGAACUGCAGACCCUUCAGGGCCAUUCAGGUUCGGUUUAUUCUGUGGCCUUCUCUCCCGACGGGCAAACCCUAGCCUCAGGCUCUCACGAUAAGACUGUCAAGCUCUGGGACGUCAAGACCGGCUCUGAACUGCAGACCCUUCAGGGCCAUUCAAGUUUGGUUCAUUCAGUAGCGUUCUCUCCCAACGGGCAAACCCUAGCCUCAGGCUCUCACGAUAAGACUGUCAAGCUCUGGGACGUCAAGACCGGCUCUGAACUGCAGACCCUUCAGGGCCAUUCAGAUUUGGUUCAUUCAGUGGCCUUCUCUCCCGACGGGCAAACCCUAGCCUCAGGCUCUCGCGAUGAGACUGUCAAGCUCUGGGACAUCAAGACCGGCUCUGAACUGCAGACCCUUCAAGGCCAUUCAGAUUGGGUUGAUUCAGUGGCCUUCUCUCCCGACGGGCAAACCCUAGCCUCAGGCUCUGACGAUGAGACUGUCAAGCUCUGGGACGUCAAGACUGGCUCUGAACUGCAGACCCUUCAAGGCCAUUCAAGUUUGGUUCAUUCAGUGGCCUUCUCUCCCGACGGGCAAACCCUAGCCUCAGGCUCUCGCGAUGAGACUGUCAAGUUCUGGGACGUCAAGACCGGCUCUGAACUGCAGACCCUUCAAGGCCAUUCAGGUUCGGUUUAUUCAGUGGCCUUCUCUCCCGACGGGCAAACCCUAGCCUCAGGCUCUCGCGAUGAGACUGUCAAGCUCUGGGACGUCAAGACUGGCUCUGAACUGCAGACCCUUCAAGGCCAUUCAAGUUUGGUUUAUUCAGUGGCCUUCUCUCCCGACGGGCAAACCCUAGCCUCAGGCUCUCGCGAUGAGACUGUCAAGCUCUGGGACGUCAAGACCGGCUCUGAACUGCAGACCCUUCAAGGCCAUUCAGGUUCGGUUUAUUCAGUGGCCUUCUCUCCCGACGGGCAAACCCUAGCCUCAGGCUCUCGCGAUGAGACUGUCAAGCUCUGGGACGUCAAGACCGGCUCUGAACUGCAGACCCUUCAAGGCCAUUCAGGUUCGGUUUAUUCAGUGGCCUUCUCUCCCGACGGGCAAACCCUAGCCUCGGGCUCUGACGAUGAGACUGUCAAGCUCUGGGACGUCAAGACUGGCUCUGAACUGCAGACCCUUCAAGGCCAUUCAGAUUCGGUUCAUUCAGUAGCGUUCUCUCCCAACGGGCAAACCCUAGCCUCAGGCUCUCACGAUAAGACUGUCAAGCUCUGGGACGUCAAGACCGGCUCUGAACUGCAGACCCUUCAGGGCCAUUCACAUUGGGUUCAUUCAGUGGCCUUCUCUCCCGACGGGCAAACCCUAGCCUCGGGCUCUCGCGAUGAGACUGUCAAGCUCUGGGACGUCAAGACCGGCUCUGAACUGCAGACCCUUCAAGGCCAUUCAAGUUUGGUUGAUUCAGUGGCCUUCUCUCCCGACGGGCAAACUCUAGUCUCAGGCUCUUGGGAUAAGACUGUCAAGCUCUGGGACGUCAAGACUGGCUCUGAACUGCAGACCCUUCAGGGCCAUUCAGAUUCGGUUGAUUCAGUGGCCUUCACUCUGCUUGCGGAAGAACAUACUGCGACUAGAUCCGGAAGAAUUCCACAACCCCAUAAUAAAUGUGACCCGACUUUAUACAGUAUUAAUCCUCAAAUAUCUUUAUCAAACAACUGGGUUGCAUUGGGAGGCGAGAAUCUACUGUGGCUCCCUCCCGAGCAUCGUCAAUUUACAAUUUCAGCUGUCAAGGAAGCCACCCUUGCUCUUGGGUAUAGUGAUGGGCGAGUUUCUAUUAUAGGAUUUCAUACACUCUAG